UUCAUCCUAAAACUGUUGGAAACUCAAAAAUUAUUAGUCAUAAUAAAAAAAGUUUUCAUUUUUAGCUAGCAGAGUCUUUCCAUGAAAAUGUAUUCAAUUUUCCUUUGAAAUAAAGCAGAAAUUGUGUGACUACUCCUAACUGGAAACUUAGCUUUGAGCCAGGGUGGGAAACAUGAGUAUUUUCAAAUAACACCACAAUUUCCAACCUAUUCCCUCAACUACAAUUUUUUUAAUGUCUUUCAAAGCUUCAGGAUGGUAAAACUAAGUAAGUAGUGAAGUUGGAAGCCCACACAAUAUGUUUUAAACAUCCUAACCUCUCUAAACUGAAGCACAGGGAGUUGAAGCCCCCAGACAAAGCUUGUCUAUCUUAAUCCUACCCAAGGAAAUACAGGAGGUUGAUGGAACUAAAACCCAGCUCUCCUCUUCUACCAUCAUAGCCUCUGUCCCACACUGCGGCCUGUUAAACUAAAAUACUGUCCACACGUGCACAGAACAUACACCUAGGAAGAAACAGUCCAUCCCCAAAAGAGUUUACAUUCAAAGGAGACAAGACAGACAAAUGGAGGGAGGGGAAAGAGAGGCAGAAGUGACUGCCCCAAGGUCACAGUGAAGGUCAGUGGCAGAGCCAAGAGUAGAACCCAAGUCUCAUGACUGCCACUGACCCGCACAGUACAGACAUAAAGUCACAGAGGGAAACAAUACAACCUAGCAGUAACUGAGCAAUGCUACCAGCCCAUCAUCACCCAGAGAUGGAAAUGCAACUACGAUUUGGUGCCAUAAAUCAAUGUGUAAACAGGCAGCUGGCCGUCUGUGUGGUGUUGGGAUGGAAUCAUCACAGAGGAGCUGCCAUAUGGGACUCCGGAUAAGUCUACACUGCAUUUCCCAGGAAAGUGAGAAUCAGGCUGUGUGGGCAUUUUAGUUUCAUGGCCAAGUUAUCAGCCUGGUGUCUGUAGCACUAGGGACAAAACGUUGGCUAACAUUGUUGGAUUUGGGUUGUACUUUGUUCCAUCCUCCAUACUACAUUUGAUCAAACCACAUAUUGGGCCAGAUCCUCAGAUGGUGUAUACUGAUCGAGCUACAUUGACUUUAAGGGAGUGAUGCUAAUUUAUACUCCUGUGAUAACACAGCAAAGUAGUGCUCUGUUUGUGAGCAUUGAGGAACACUAGCUACGCCAGUCAAUAGAAGUGAUGAAUGCUGUGCACCUUUGACAUUCACAUCAUGAGAGAUUAUGGAGAGGGGAAUCAGGGUCACUCCGUCUCUCACUAUAAUCCUGACCAUUGCCCUUGUCUUUCCCUCUACCAGCAAGACACUAUGAACUAAGAAAGAAAAUGUCCAACCAAACCAACAUAACUGAGUUCCUUCUCCUGGGUUUCUCUGACAUUCGGGAGUUGCAGAUUUUGCACUUUGUGAUGUUUCUAGUGAUUUAUCUGGCAGCCAUGAUCGGGAAUCUUCUCAUCAUCAUGGUUGUAGCCCUAGACCACCACCUUCACAGCCCCAUGUACUUCUUCCUGAUGAAUUUGUCCAUCCUAGACCUUGGCACAAUCUCUGUCACCAUCCCCAAAUCCAUGGCUAAUUCCCUCAUGAACACCAGGUCCAUUUCCUAUUGUGGAUGUGUCGCCCAAGUCUUUUUCCUCAUCUUCCUUGCUGUAUCUGACUUCGCCUUACUCACUGUCAUGGCGUACGAUCGAUAUGUUGCCAUCUGCAAACCACUGCACUAUGAGACUAUAAUGAACAGGAGAGCUUGUGUCCAAAUGGCAGCCAGUGCCUGGAUCAGUAUAAUUGUCUAUUCUUCAUUGCACACCAGGAACACAUUUGCAAUCUCCUUCUGUGGUGGCAAUGAGGUGGAUCAGUUCUUCUGUGAAAUUCCCCAGCUACUCAAGCUCGCCUGCUCUGACAUGUAUCUUGGUGAAGUUGAGGUACUCAUCUUGAGUGCAUGCUUAGGCUUAAGCUGUUUUGUUCUUAUAAUUCUGUCAUACACUCAAAUCUUCAAAACAGUGCUGAGAAUCCCCACUGAGCAGGGUCGGCAUAAAGCCCUAUCCACUUGCCUCCCUCACCUCAUUGUGGUCUCCUUGUUUGUUUCCACUGGCAUCUUUGCAUACUUGAAACCCACCUCCAGCUCUCCAUCAGGUCUGGAUCUCAUGGUGGCUGUUCUUUAUUCUGUGCUGCCACCAGUGAUGAAUCCGAUCAUCUACAGCAUGAGGAACAAGGAAAUCAAAGCUUCCCUGAGGAAAUUCAUUGGAUGGAGGUUAUUCAGCAAGAAUAAAGAGUCUAUAUUUCUUUUAUGAACAUUGAUUUUAUCUGUGUUUCUUUACAAACACAAUCCACUGAUGACACUUUGUUUUGUCCCCAUAAGAAUAUGCUGUGUGAUUUUUUUCUUUUUUAAUCCAAAAUGCUGUAUUUAUAGUGGUAAAUCCAGACUCGCUCCACUAAGUCAAUGGAGUUAUUCUAGGUUUAUACCAAUGUAAGUAAGAUGUCUAUUAACACGUCUCCAGUCAUAGGGAAGGAGGCAGGGGAUGGGGUGGUUAAUGGAUUACAGAUUGUUGUAAUAAGCCAUAAAUCCAGUGUCUUUAUUCAGUCCAUGAUUUUUGGCAUCUAGCAACGUUAUGAAUUUAAGAUCCCAGGCCCAUCCCUUGAAGGUGUUGUACAAGUUUCCUUUGGGAGUAGGACUGAGAGAUCAGAUAUAGAAUAUUUUUGCAGAUGUAGAAUGAUCACUUUAUGAAAAGUAUUCACCCACAGGCAAUAGGGUGUUUUUGUCUUUUAUUAUUUUCCUGUGUGAGUUCAUUCAAGAGUAUAGUGAUUGUUUGGUUUCACCCACAUAAUUGUUAUUGGGGCAUUUAGUGCACUGGAUGAGGCAUGCCCCAUGUUGUAAUAGGUAUGUGUAGGACCCAUGAAUCUUGACAGAUAUUUUGUGGGGGGUGCUGAUCAUCAUAGCAGUGGAGAUAUGUCUGCAGGUUUUAUAUCUGUUGUUCUGGCUGCAUUGGUGUGUCCUGUUCUGUGGGGAGCUUGGUUCAGAGGAUGAGCUUGAAGCAGUUGGAAGGUUGUCUGAGGGCCAGAAAAGGGAGUUCUGGAAAGAUUUCUUUCAACAUGUGGUCCCCAUUGAGGAUGGAUUGUAAUUGUUUGAGGAUACCCUGUGUAGUCAACAGGCCAAUUCACCUUAAGUGGUCCCUUGAAAUAUAUGUUUACUAUUUACACUAAACAAUCUGUUCCAGUUUGUAUUUAGCUGUAACACUCUG